AUUAUUUUAAAUUAAGGGGGAGAAAAACAAGGAAAAGAAUACAGCCUCUGAAACUAUAGCUGAAUUCAGUCACUCAGACUGAUUAUCCAUAUUUCAUGUAAGGUUUGGCAUUCCAAGACCCUGUGAAGAUAAAAUGCAAUCAUCUUAUGACAAAAGUGACAAGUCAAUGAGUCAAAAACAUGAUGUAUCUUAGUAAGGGCACGACUCUUAAUGGACAAGUAAAUACCAAACUGAUUAGAGAAUCUUAGUGAAGAGGGGUGGGAUAAACAAAAAUGACAGGAAGCCUUCUGGUUGGACCAACACCCACUGAGGACCAUAUAUAAGAGCCCCAAAGCAAGAGGAGACAUUUGUAUCUCAGAAACCUCAUCUUUCCAAGAAACCAAAAGCAAACCAGAUUCCCAGCGCCAUGGCUUGCUGUGUCCCCUGCUGCUGCAGCGUCCCCACCGGCCCCGCCACCACCAUCUGCUCCUCUGACAGAUGCUGCCGGUGCGGAGUCUGCCUGCCCAGCACCUGCCCACACACGACUUGGUUACUGGAGCCAACCUGCUGUGACAACUGCCCCCCACCCUGCCACAUUCCCCAGCCCUGUGUGCCCACCUGCUUCCUGCUCAACUCCUGCCAGCCCACCCCGUGCCUGGAGACCAUCAACCUCACAACCUAUACCCAGCCCAGCUGUGAGCCCUGCAUCUCAAGCUGCUGCUGAGCGAUGGCUGCUUUGCUCUGUGCCUGACAAUGAAGAACCCAGAAGCUGUCUACUCAAUAUUCAUUUGCCUCAGUAGUUGAUCAUGAUGUUGAGGCAGACCAGAUGGCCCAGACAUGGAAAACCUACCUUUGAUUUUAAUGGAAAGAAAAUCAAGAAUUUCUUUAUGGUUA